UGCGCAGCCUUUAGGAGACGUGGCAGGCCAAAACCUGGACUGAACUUGGCCCUGGGGGAAGAGGAAAGCCGCGCUUUCUCCGGCCUCCGUCUCCCCAGCCUCGGUCACCUCCCAGGCUCUGGUGCCCGAGACCCGAGGGCCUGCCUCCGCGCCCCCGCAGCCUGGAGAGAGACGGGGGAACCGAGGGCCUACGCAGAGGUCAUGGAAGAAGUGACAUCGUGCUCCUUCAACAACCCCCUGUUCCAGCAAGAAGACAAGGGAGGGGUCACCUACCGGAUCCCAGCUCUGCUCUACAUACCCCCCACCCACACCUUCCUGGCCUUUGCAGAGAAGCGCUCUACAUGCAGGGAUGAGGAUGCUCUCCACCUGGUGCUGAGACGAGGGUUGAGGACUGGGCACACGGUACAGUGGGGACCACUAACACCACUGAAGGAAGCCAUGUUACCUGGGCAUCGGACCAUGAACCCCUGUCCUGUAUGGGAGCGAAACACUGGCUGUGUGUACCUGUUCUUCAUUUGUGUGCAGGGCCAUGUCACCGAGCGUCAACAGAUUAUGUCAGGCAGGAAUGCUGCUCGCCUCUGCUUCAUCUGCAGUCGGGAUUCUGGCUAUUCAUGGAGCAACAUGAGGGACCUGACUGAGGAGGUCAUUGGGCCAGAAGUGAAGCGUUGGGCCACAUUUGCUGUGGGCCCAGGUCAUGGCAUCCAGCUGCAGUCUGGGAGGCUCAUCAUCCCUGCAUACACCUACUACAUCCCUUACUGGUUCUUUUGCUUCCGGCUACCAUGUAAAGCCAGGCCUCAUUCCCUGAUGAUCUACAGUGAUGACCUAGGGACCACAUGGCACCAUGGCAGGCUCAUUAAGCCCAUGGUGACAGUGGAGUGCGAAGUGGCAGAGGUGACUGGGAGGGCCGGCCACCCUGUGCUGUAUUGCAGUGCCCGAACACCGAACAAAUGCCGGGCAGAGGCUCUGAGCACUGACCAUGGUGAAUGUUUUCAGAGACCAGCCCUGAGCCAACAGCUCUGUGAGCCCCCGCAUGGCUGCCAGGGCAGUGUGGUGAGUUUCCGGCCCCUGGAGAUUCCAAAUGAAUGCCAGGACCCUAAUGGCAAAGAUGCUCCUACCAUUCAGCAGAACCCUCUGCUGGGCAGUUCUCUGAGGCUAGAGCAGGAAGCUGGUACACUGUCAGAAUCAUGGCUCUUGUACUCACACCCAACCAGUAAGAAACGAAGGGUUAACCUAGGCAUCUACGUCAACCGGACCCCCUUGGAGGCUGCCUGCUGGUCCUCCCCCUGGAUCUUGCACUGCGGGCCCUGUGGCUACUCUGAUUUGGCUGCUCUGGAGGAGGGCUUGUUUGGGUGUUUGUUUGAGUGUGGGAUCAGGCGGGAGUGUGAGCAGAUUGCCUUCCGCUUGUUUACAGACCAAGAGAUCCUGAGCCAUGUGCAAGGUGACUGCACCAGCCAUGGUAGGAACUCUGAACCAAUUCAAAACUAAUUGGCUUAGGAUCCAACUUUCCAUAGAAGGGAAGCCAUUAGAAGGCAACCAUAGCCAGGAUCAUGGAGGCCAGGAUAACAGAGGUUACGGAAGCCUACAGGGAAUCCCAAAACAUAGUAUUCUGCUCCCUACCUUUUUUCACCUCUCCAAAGAUAAUGAACAAUUUGCCAUAGCUACUGUAGCCGAAAUAGCACUGAACUGUGUGAAUUGGGAGACCAUGAUAUGAGCCUGGGUCUGCCAUGGCUGGCUCUGGGACCUUGAACUCUCUGGGCCUCAGGUCUCCAUCUGUAAAAUGAGAGGAUUGGUCUGUGAUCUCUCUUCCUAUCCCUAGGGAAGCCAGAGGGCCUGCUUGCUGCAUGAUCAUCAAGUCCUGGCUGCACAUAGGACUCUGGUAUCAAAAUGGAAAUCAUAGGACUCAUCUUUUCAAAUGACUCACUACUCAUCCAGGUGUGAGGUUCCAAGCAGGUAUCAUGUCAUGAAGAAGGAUCUGGAUGAUUUGUUCAGUAAUAGAUGAGCUCUAUAGGCUAUCCAAGAGGAGUUGGGCAAAACAGAAUCAUGAGUUCACCUACCUUCUUUAGCUUUGCAACUCUGCUCAACCUGCGCUUACGCAUCCAAAAUGCAAUAUAUCCUAGGGAGAAAAUGAGAGGCUCAAUACCAGUAGUCCAUAUUGUUUCUGAUGACAUUAUUUCUAUGAAAGAUAACCUAAAGUUCAUUUACUAGGAUGGUUCCUGAUGAGAAAAAGACAUGACUUAGGGCUUUAAAACAUUGGACAAAACUUCCCACGGUCUCUGCCCUCAAGGAGCUCACAGUUUAUGAGGCUAGAAGAGGGAGAAAAAUUUUUUUAAAUGCAGUUGGUGGGAUAGUUAGUAGAUGUUGGGCUCUAAGUUGCAUAUCUGUAGAUCAUUAUCUUAGUGCCUGGAGUCAUCUGCCCCAAGGCUUGUCCAGGCUGCUAGGUUCCCCCUAAGUUUGUUUUUCUUAGAAUAUUGUCCUGGCCCAGCCACUCUAUUUGCCAGUGGAGAAACUCUUCACCCUUAGGAAGGUCUCGGACCCUCCAAACCACUGAAUCUGGCCUGUUUGGACCUACUGAAGUCACUGUUUGUGAAGUGAGAUGACCCUUGUCUAAUAGUUUUGGGGCUCAACUUUACUAAUACUGGUCUCUCAUAUGAUACCAGAUUGGUUGCUCUUAUUUUAGGUUGUUUCCCCCAUAGCCUGUUAUUUUGAGGGAAAUUCUAUCAUGAGAUGUUUCUUUUUUGUCCCUCUUAAGUUAGUAUAUCAGCUAAAUACAGGGUGGGACAAAGGUAGAUUUACAGUUGUUCAUAUGGAAAAUAAUACAAUAAUUAAUAAAUAAUGGUACAAGAAUAAACUGUGUUUCAUGUACUUAGAACUUUGUCCUACCCUGUAUAUAUGGCGCUAGGUAAUGGCCCAGAGAGCAAGUCUUAGUGGUAGAGCAUAGUCUAGGAUGCACCUGUCAGAUGGUGGAGAAGUCCUAAAGGAGGAAAGUAGGGAUUAACUUCACCUACUUCAGCAUGUAGCUUAAGCCAAUGUCUUAAGGUGGCCUGUCAUACAUUCGCCAUUAUCUUCUCAGUAGUCAGCUAUGAUCAUUCACUCAUUUAUACAUUUAUGUAGCUAUUUCUUGAGUUCCUGUGCAUAAUGUAAGGUGCUUUCUGUUGCCAUUCCCUGGUUGAAAAUAAUUUGUGGCUCCUCAUUGCCUAUGAAAGGCUACAAUUAGCCUGGCAUGUAGGAUGAAAUAAUGAUUACUUAUCUCUACUACUUUAUGUGAAGGCCACUGUCAAGCCCAUUGUCAAGUUGGCACGUGGAGGCAGGUGGAGUGAGGUGGACAGAGUGGUGGUGUAGGGGGAGGAUUGAAAGGGCAUCCCCCUCCUGAGUUCUUGUUCAGCAAAGCUUUCCUGAGCACUGGCCUCUAAAUGGAUAGAAAUAGGCAAGAUGGCUAAACUCUACAUCAGGGCUAAAGGGUGGAGAGAAUGAGAAUAUCAGGACUUCUUGGGACUAUCCGAGAAGGGAGGGACUUCAGUCACAUGCCAGUGUGAACCGCAGAUGUCCAGUAUGGGUAUUCCUGAAGACUUACCCAGCUCUAAAUUUCCCUCCCCUUUCUCCUUCCGCUUUGCCUCAUGUUUGCUUCUCCUUAGAGAGAAAUUCCCUUAAUAGGCAAAGGGCCUAUAUGCACAUUUUGGGGCAGGCAUAACCCAGAAUGAGGAUUAGAGAGAGGAACAGAUGGGUGAUGGCAGCUGUGAAGAAAAAGAAUAGCAGGUAGAAGUCCUGGCACCUUUCGAGCUAGAAAGGACAGACAUGAGGCCUAAGCUGGAGAGAUGGUGUAGGUGGUAGUGCUGUGAAGAAAUGAUAACCGGCUGGAGCUGUUCCUGAAACGUGUGGGAACAGAGGCCUGCACAGGCAGCAGGAAAAUUCCUCCCCAGCCCUGUAAUUUUAAGCUGGCUCUACUUGACCAACAAAAACCACCAUAGGCACUCAACUCUGUUUGUGCCAACUACCCAGAUCUUCAGGGCCCUGGGACCGACACCGUGAUGCUGGUGUCCUAACUAAGCCCAUUUCAGCCCUUUCGGGUUGGUAGAAUGAAAAGAUAGGACAGGUGAUGGCAGCUGUGAAGAAAAGAGGAAAGACUGAAGGCCUCUGACAUGAAGAGAGGACUGCACAGGCUGUGGUUCUUUGCUCCCAGAUACCCCAUCCUGUCCUUGAACCCUUAGGAAGUAUCCAUCUAGCAAAGGUGGCCCCCCCCCCCGGAAGUGCAAGAGGACACCGGUAGUGAGUGGCCUCCUCCUGCUGAUAUGUACCCAUCUGUUCAAUCUGCUGGUCCUGCUCAUGCUCCCUAACUCUUGGUUCCUCACUCCUAGGCAGGCUCCUAAUAGUUACCUCAGGCCUUUGUUGUUUGGCUCUUGUUUGGAUCAGUUUUUCCUGGUCACCAGUCUCCCCUCAGAUAUCCACAGGGUAUCAUGUAACUACAGCCGUAGGUAAGAGACCUUGCAGCCUGCCUGUGGGGUAGCCCGAGGGACCCACAGAGGCCACCCUGAGGCUGCACAGCCUCUGCCCCAGGACAGUGGGAUUCAAGACUUCCACUUGGGCCAGAUUAAAUUGCUCAGGCUUCUUGAGGAGGCCGUGAAUUUUCCCCACUGCAUUGUUCAGUAGGUGUCGUGUCCUCCUGUGCUGCCACAGUGCACAGUCUGCGCCUCCCUUCGGGCCUUACCACAGGCUGCCCUGUGUUAUUGUCUGUUGUGCCCUUUAGGCCUCUGCUAGGCUGUGAACUCCUUGAGGGCCAAGUCUGACUCCUCACUGUAUCCUCUUUACCUUGAAUCACAAUGCCUCGUUCUAGCAUAUGAUAGAACAAAUGCUUUUUCUAUCAUAUUUUUAUUUCCCUGUUUAGGACUCUUGAGUCCUCUCUGUCCUCUGCACCCAACACAGGGCCUGGCACAGAAUGGACAACAGUGAAGCUAUGCUGAGUUACUAAAGGAGUUAAAGACCCUUGGCCUUCAAGGCUAACAGAAGGGUAGUUCCCUCUCAGGGAGGAGCACGUCGCACCCCUCUGGAUUCAUAGCCCCCUAAAGGUGCUGAGCACUCACUCCAAAUGGAUCUUCUCUGUGCUGGCCCGCUUCCACGUCAGUCACAGGAUUUCCUGGGAAUGAGCUUUUCUCUGGCUGCCUGGACAUCCCAGGGAUCAUAGCCUAAACCCAAAGCAAAGCCUUGACUUGGGGUUCUCAUUUCACUGGUAACCCCACCCCCCAUCUAAUUGGAUUUUCUAUCGCUACCACUCCUCCAGGACUCAAGAGGCAGAUGCUGGGGCUCAGCAUGUUCCAUGCACAUCUUGGUUCUGUGAUACCAGGUGCCACAAAUGCUCUCUGUACUGUGAAAACUACCAUGACUCCUUGAAACGAAGACGAAUAAAAAGCCUAAUUCUGGCGACUACUGGUUUUGUUGUUGUUAAGGAAACUGAGACCAUAAUCAUCCUAAUACUUAUAUUUAGUUUAUACCCAACUUUUUUUUGGAUUUGAGGCAUUUUCUUGCUUUUCAUACGAACUUUAAAUUUCAGAAAACAUUAUUAUAAUAAUCCUUUGCACUUUUACACACUGUUAUUUAAACAUAGUCAUCAAUUGAGGGCAGCAGGGCAGAGGUGACCAUGGCUGGUUUGAUUACACAUUAGCUGUUAAGUGGAGGCACCUGGGUGCACAGAAUCCCCCUCUGGCACCAGCCUCAGUGCUUUGUCACCCACAUCUAAUUUCUUUUUUCAAAAAUACCUUGAGAUUACUCUCAAAGUGCAGUUGGAGAGGCCACAAAUAUUUACCUCAAUGAAGCGGGGUGAUAGCUUUUUUCUUGACUUCCUCUUUGUUACAUUGGGAGCUUAAGGCACAACUGAUUCCGCCAAAUGUUUCAGCAUAACUAUUCCAGCCCUGUCACUAGGUCAGCUGCCUUUAAAAAAAAAUUGACUAUUGAAAAAGUUUCAAAUGGACAUAUCUUUUGUCGUACCACUGAGAGUCUUACAGUGAUGAAAGAAUGAAGUUGAGAGAACUGCGAAUUUGCCUCUAAAAGUAGUUUUACAAUAAUUCUAGAAUUAUAUUUUAAAAUCCAAUGAUCUUUUUUUUGUGUGUGUUUUGUUAGAUUGCUUAAUGUCUGAGGAACCUCUGGGUUUGAGAGGAAUAUGCACCACUACGUAAAUUUUAGUGCUCUGUUUAUUAAACUCAUAUUCAAUAAAACAUUGAAAAUCUC